GGAACGCGCCGAGAGCUGAGAGUGCAAGCAUGGCUUUACGAUACUUGGUUUCGCUUUGUUUGGCGGGCGCCGUCCUGGCCGACCAGAGCUCACACGUAAGCAUCAGUCUCGGCGGCGCUCCUGCUGUCAGCCAUCACAGCUCCUCUCACCAUGCGCGCCCUUCGUACCACCACCAACCUGCCUACCACCACACCCUCUUUCACCCCAACCUUUCUACCACCCUGCUCCCGCUUAUCAUCCACAGCCUUCCUAUGAACACGAGCCUGCUGUGCCAGCAUGUGCUGCCAACACAACCAAACCAUGGUGCCUCGAGGACGCUCACUAUCCCACCUACGAGAUCAAACACGCAGCCGAGCACCACUACGAGAAGCUCCUCUCCCUCUAUGCUGACGUGGCCCAACUCAACACCGAGUUGUCUGUGGAGCGACCAAACACCCUGGGAAAACUUACUGUGCCCAUCAGAGACCGCUUACGUCAGGCCCCUUCGUGCACAGAACACCGAAGACAAAUGGCGUGUCAUUGUAAAUAACAUCGAUGCCCAUUAUCAGACUCUCACUCAGACCGUACGCAUCGAAGAGUGUCUCACUUCCGCCGAUGCAUGUCCUCUGGUGCCUGACUGCUACGAGUCCAAGUGUCUGCAGAAGUCCAUCUACACACGGUUCCUUGUCUACGACCCCUAUGAUCAUACUAUUCCCCUUCGCCAUCGAGACCUUCAAGCUUCCAGCUGGUGCCUGUCUCUUGGGCGCCUAACCAUCUGA